GACUUCUUCUGUUUAUCAUUGCUCUACAAUUACUGUUCAAAUCUAACCAAGAUCAAUCGAUUAAGAGCAUAUCGCUAUAUUUCUUUACAUAUGGGUCACUUGUAUCUUUAAGUACGUCAAAGAUGGCGACUAAUGGUGGAAGUGAUCGGCCGAGGAAUUUGGAAAUCCCAUCGGUUCAAUUGAGAUCGGUCAAGACCUCGAUUGGCGACAAUGAGGCUCAAUCACUGAACUUUGUGCCACAUAGCAGCGCCGGGACAUCACAAAAUGACCAUCUGGGAUCAGAGAUAGAUAAUUUACCAUUCAAACGAUUUCCCUCUGUAGAACGGGGGCCAAGAACCACAGAAGUCGACAUUGUCGGAGUUCCUGCCAUUGGAGGAGAUCCAGAGAUGACAUGGAUGCCUGAAGCUAAAUUCGCACAGGACGGACCCUCUCCACUUGAUAGUGGUAGCGAUGUGAGGUCGGCAUUUAUGAGCAUGACGCCUGUGUCACCAGCUUACACGAUGAAACAUUUGCCUCCGUGGAUUGUCCGCGAUAUUCGUAGCCGAAGGGAUCUGAGCAUGGCUCGAGUUCUUUUGUAUGACCAUGGGGACCCGAAAGACGGUGAUACAUUGAAGCAAUUGGCCACUAGGCUGUUGGAUAGCAUUAGGAAGCUGAGGUCAAUUGAGGAUAAAAAUCGUCCCCUUUUUUUCGUCUGUCACAGUACCGGGGGGCUAGUGCUCAAAAUGGCUUUAACCGAUGCUGGGAGACCCAGAGAUCUAAUUCUCAAUGAUUGUUAUGGUAUCACUUUUUUCGCAACGCCACAUAGAGGCUCAAGUUACUUAUCACAUCCAGGAUUUUCUGGCAGUAUCCGCACGAUCAUGGGUCUAUCACGGGAACUCCCAACAUCCAUAACAAAGCAGCUGGAACUAGAUCACCAUUCCCUGAAGCAAAUCGGGAAAGACUUUAAAGCUUUAGCCACGGAAUUCAAAGUGUGGACCUUUUUCGAGACAAUAGAUUCAAAUCUUACCGGUCUAGAUCAAGGCAAACCUUUCCAUGCACCUAUCACAUCUAUUAAAUCGGCAAUACUUAAUCUACGUAACGAGAGUGUAUAUCCAUUGGUGAGCAAUCAUAAAAAGUGUGCCGCGUUCGGCUCCGCAAAUGGGCAUACUAAAGAAGAUUAUUUGGCGGCGUUAGCCGCUUUGGUCAAGCAGGCUUGCAAAUUGAGCAAAAUCGCCCACUUUGAACUGAAUCUCAAACAGAGAGUGGAGGUGGAGAUAAAUGGUUUUUAUGAAGGCACAUCUACAAUCCCAACUAAUGAGCCCCUAAUCAGAGUCUGGUCAACAAACAAAUCUAUGUACGAUUUUAGACGAAAUGGUCCGACCAAGCUUUUGAAGGAACGAAGGGAAGAAGUAUCAGAUGCCCCAAGGGCCGGACAACAUUUACGUCACAAUAGCCGCGCUCCAUAUUUGCCUAUAGAUAAAAUCACUUCUGAUGCCAAGGUUAAGGGUGAUACAUUGACUCCUAAAUUUUCGUCGAGAUUGAACCCUUUUAAGAAAGGUUCAAGCCCUUCUCCCCAGACUCGACGAGCGUCAAAGAUCAAAGCCAAAGAAUUACCAGAUAUCAUCGGGAGUAGAAAAACAGGAUCAGUUCAGUCUCCACCGGCUUUGAUAAUGACCUUGGAUGUGGAAGAUAAUGCAGGUACCGUUCCGGAAGAAUUAGGAGCGUCUAUAAAAAUGCACAAUUCGCCCCCAACCGUCCAGUUAAAUUCAAGCGAUCCUGAUAUUACUAAUGCCACGUCUCGUACAUCGUUCGAACAGCACUCAACAUCUCCCGACCAUGAGUUUAGCAUUGCGCGGGGCUCACAGCCAUCCAUUCGAAAGUCGCGAACUGAGAACGACGAAAUAGCGACCAGACCCGGGCCUUUACGCAGGCACAGCGAAUCUCUGACGGCUCAAAGUUCUUUCUUGAGUCCAUCCCGUGCCGGUCUUCAUCAAGAUAAGUCCUCGUCGUCUGCAGAGCGUGAAGGAAAUGAAAGCUUUCUUUCUCCCAUCGCGCCUCAUUUACAGGACCCCAAUUUCUCAAACCUCAAGCUUACAUGGAUACACGUACCUUUCAACAAUCCUACAUGGGUUCCAGAUGUUCUUGAAGCAAUAUCAUUCGAAAAGGGGCCAGAUGUCCACAGUAAAAUGUUAGAUCACGAGCACUGGCAUUCAAAGCAUGUGCGUGGAAGGCAUCAAGAACAUCAUCAUUCUUGUUUCUUAAAGCCUCAUUGUUCUUUUUUUGGUUUAGAAACACCGCCAGGCAUUGACUCUGUUAACACGAAUCACAUUCAAAUGUGCUUAUAUUUGCCUUAUCUUCACUUCGAUACCUAUAAGGUCCUUGUGAAAAGGAGACAUUUCGUAAAACAACGAAUCGAGCAAGGUCGAUCGAGACCUGUUCCUCAACAAGUGUCAAAGCUUGACUCGCUAGAGAUUCAAGUCCUCUGGCAGUAUCUGGGGCACGACCCUCCAAUAAAUGCUCGGAGGACACUAGAUCAAUUUGGAUAUCCAAGUCUUCUCGAUACAAGGGCGAGAGAUGAUGAUCAGAUGUUGUAUAAGAUGACUAAAGAGCGACAUUUUAAGUCAAAUAUUGGAACAAUUAACACUGCUGACGGACAGGGCAAUGCAGCUCAGAUGAUGAGGCCAGCCCAGGGAAAUGAAGAAAAAGAUGCAGUCGAUGGAAAUAGUGACGAUCCCGACAACCCAAGCGAUAGCGAUCCAAUGCCUGGUGACGACCUUCUGGAUGGGAAUGUUCUCAUGGUUGAUCAGCUCUGGCUAUGGGUUAUUGAUGGGUCUGUUGUUACUUUCUUUCCUAGGAUAACUGGACUGAAGACGGACGGAAGACUAUUUCAACAAGCCGACCUUCGAGACAGCAUUUUUAAUGAAGUCAACGCUGAUCUCACUUCUCGCUGUGAAAAUGCGUAUGACCUUGCAGCCUUGGUCGCCCUUCAUGCAGUCACUAUCUUGUUCGAACGAACUUCACAUCCUAAUCUGGAGGUCUUCCGAAUAUUUGAAGAAGCGAUCAGUAUUCUGACAGAAAAAAUGACAACAUCCUUCAAAGAUUUCCGUGCACAAGGUUUCCGGGCCAAAGUAGAUGAUAAUGACGACCUUAAGACUAGCUCUAUUCGUGCCAAGCAUGUACUUGAAGGGAAAAUUGCGGAGGAGCAAAAUCGUGAAAACACGUCCGCUCUUCUGGAACUGCGGGAUAUUGAAGAUGAGCUGAACACUCUAAAGACCUUGUUCAACAGUCAGAUCACAGAGAUUAGAAUCAUGUUAGAUGUUUACACGAAGCAAAAUCUGACGACAAAUGGGCUGAUAUUCUUGAGGAGUGCUGAGGAGUACCUCGUGGAAUACACUCAGCAUGUAGAAAAAAUGACGGAAAAUGCAAAGAACACCAGAGAUGAUUUUGACAAGCUGCUCGGCAUGAUACAGAGACAAGCACAGGUGGAUGAGGUACGUCUGGCAAGAUACCAGGCUGAUCUUGCCAGUGCGCAGAGUAGAUCUGUCAUGAUAUUCACAAUCUUCACAGUCAUAUUUCUGCCACUUAGUUUCUUCACAGGUCUUUUUGGGAUGAACGUCCGAGAAUGGGGCGGUGGUGAUUACCUUCCUCUUCGCACUGUAGGCGCAAUCGCAAUCCCAACAUCCUCUGCUCUUAUAACGCUUGCACUUAUCAUUGCCUGGAGCAUCCGGAUUCGUCAUCUCUUUGAUUUUAUUGGACAAAAACUUUCAAAAAUCUACAGUAGUAUACGCGUAAAUAUCAACAAAGCGAUCGACGGAAAUCCUGAGACCGAGAAGGACUCCGGAAAAAGAAGCAAGUUGAAAGUGUUAAGGGAAAGGAAAAAGCAGAGAAAAUCGGAAAAGGAGCAGACGCGACUGCAUGAUGAAGAUUGGGAUUUCUGGGAAAGUCAUAAAGAGCGUAGGGAGAAGGACUAUAAGAUACCGAAUAAAAAUCGGAAGAGUGGGUUCAGAGCGGAGAUUGGUAGUGAGUAAAAGCGAUAGUUAAUUCAUAAAUCCUUAUAUACAUUUCAUGCGUUAUCUUUGUUGGCAAGAUGCCAUAUUCAAACGGAAAGGACUCUCGUUGCGCGAAAACUCGCGCCCUUAGCAUUUCAAUGCAGUUACUUCAAAUCUUCUCAACUUUAUCUAAUGAUAUUACACCAUCAAUUUUACUCAGCUUCAGGCCCAAUCAUUUAUCUCAAGCAUUUACUCCACAGUAGUAAUUCGCCAUUGUGUACGACCAUAAACCUCCGGCUCAUAGCAUCUCCUCCGGCAGAGGAGGACAACCAAAGAUAGCAGUACAUUAAAAAGCUCCCACCUUGGAAUACACUUCCUUUCCAGCAUAGCGUUAUGUAGCCCUGAAUCAGAAGAGCCCAAGUAUACAACAAAAUAAGUUGUUAGAUUAGUGACGCA